CGCAGCUUCCGGCCCGGCUCCCGGGCUCUGGCGUCUGGAGCGUCAUGGACCGCAACCCUUCGCCGCCGCUGCCGGGCGGGGAAAAGGAGGAGGAGGAGGAGGCGGCAGCGGAAGAUUGCAUAGGGAGCACGAUGUACAGUAAGCACUGGCUCUUCGGCGUCCUCAGCGGGCUCAUCCAGAUUGUUAGCUCUGAAAACCCCAAAUCCAGCCCAGAAGAUGAGGAACAGCAGUUGGAGCUCGAUGAAGAAAUGGAGAAUGAAAUUUGCAGAGUAUGGGAUAUGUCAAUGGAUGAGGAUGUGGCUUUAUUUCUCCAAGAAUUUAAUGCUCCUGGUAUAUUCAUGGGAGUACUGGCCAAAUCCAAGUGUCCUCGAUUAAGAGAAAUCUGUGUGGGAAUUUUAGGUAACAUGGCCUGUUUCCAGGAGAUAUGUGUGUCCAUCAGCAAUGAUAAAAAUCUUGGGCAAGUGUUGUUGCAAUGUUUGUAUGAUUCAGACCCGCCUACUCUGCUGGAAACAAGCAGGUUGUUGAUUACUUGCCUUUCCCAGACAGAAGUGGCCAGUGUCUGGGUUGAAAGGAUCCAGGAACAUCCAGCUAUUUAUGAUAGCAUUUGCUUCAUCAUGUCCAGUUCAACAAAUGUUGAUUUACUGGUGAAGAUAGGGGAGGUUGUCGACAAGCUCUUUGAUUUGGAUGAAAAACUAAUGUUGGAAUGGAUCAGAAAUGGGUCUGUCCAACCUCUGGACCAACCCCAGGAAGGUUCUGAAGAGCAGCCCGUGUUUAGGAUUGUGCCCUGUAUACUCGAAGCUGCCAAACAAGUACGUUCUGAAAACCCAGAAUGGCUCGAUGUUUAUAUGCAUAUUUUACAGCUGCUUACCACAGUGGAUGAUGGAAUUCAAGCAAUUGUACAUUGUCCUGACACUGGAAAAGACGUUUGGAAUUUACUUUUUGACCUGGUCUGCCAUGAAUUCUGCCAGGCUGGUGAUCCACCCAUCAUACUUCAAGAACAGAAAACAGUGCUAGCCUCUGUGUUUUCAGUGCUGUCUGCCCUGUAUGCUUCACGGGCUGAGCAAGAGUAUCUCAAGAUAGAAAAAGUAGAUCUUCCUCUAAUUGACAGCCUCAUUCGGGUCUUGCAAAAUAUGGAACAGUGUCAGAAGAAACCAGGGAACUCAGCAGAGUCUAACACAGAAGAAACUAAAAAGUCUGAUUUAACCCAAGAUGAUUUCCACUUGAAAAUCUUAAAGGAUAUUUUAUGUGAAUUUCUUUCUAAUAUUUUUCAGGCUUUAACAAAGGAUACCGUGGCUCAGGGACUGAAGGAGGGCCAACUGAGCAAGCGGAAGUGUUCCUCUGCAUUUCAAAAUCUUCUUCCUUUCUACACCCCUGUGGUGGAAGACUUUAUUAAAAUUCUACAUGAAGUUGAUAAGGGCCUUGCUGAUGACCUGAAAGAAAGCUUCCCAAGUUUGAAGGUUCAGACUUAAAAACUAUUUUGGAAUUUCUUCUGUACAAGAAAUAAACUUUAUUUUUCUCACUGACA